UCCGAAACAGCGUAGAACAAUGUUCUGCAAAAAUUAGGGUAUUGUUCUUCAAAAAUUAGGGUUUCAGUUCACUACCCAAAGAGAAAGAAAGCAGAAAAUCUUUGCGGAAUCAGAACUAUGAACCCACUAACCCUAGUGAAACGCAUUCAGAACAUCAAUUCCAGAGAAGCCCAAUUAGGGAUUUCAGAGGAGGCAUCGUGGCACGCCAAGUACAAAGACUCCGCCUACGUCUACGUCGGCGGCAUUCCCUUCGAUCUCACCGAAGGCGAUCUCCUCGCCGUUUUCGCACAAUACGGAGAGAUCGUGGAUGUGAAUCUUGUUCGCGAUAAGGCGACUGGGAAAUCCAAAGGGUUUGCGUUUGUGGCGUACGAGGACCAGAGGAGCACGAUUCUUGCUGUGGAUAAUUUGAACGGAGCUCAAAUUUUGGGGCGGACAAUUAGGGUUGAUCAUGUGACUAAGUACAAGAAGAAGGAGGAGGAAGAUGAAGAGGAGGCGCAGAGGAAGAGGGAGGAGCGGGGCGUUUGCCGGGCUUUCCAGAAAGGCGAAUGUACACGAGGUGAUUCGUGCAAGUUUUCACACGAUGAGCAGAGAGCUGCAAACACAGGUUGGGGUGAAAAAGACCCGAAAUGGGGGCGUGACAGUUAUGAGGGCCCAAAAAGGGGUGAUAAAAGAUCUAGCACCAUUCUGCCAAAUCGUGUUCAAGAGCCAAAAGUUCAAGAAGAGUUCAGAUCAGGUGAUAGAGAAUUGGACUCCAGAAGAAAGGGCAACGGGAGGGACUUCGAAAGUCACCCUAAGCGAAGUGGUGGGAGAGAGCAAAAGAGACUGGGAAGACAGGGGGGUGAUGAUGAAAAGUUUGAGCUUAGAUCAAGAGAUCAUGAUAGGGGGGAAGAAAAUAGAUCAAGAAGACGGAGUGAGGAUAAUGAAUUGGUGCCCAAUUCAAGAGAAAAUUGUGGCAGGAGAGAAGAACAGAGGUUGAGAAGGCACAAUGAUGAUGAAUUUCAGCCAAAGUCAAGAGAAGAUUAUGAUAGAAAGGAAGAUAAAAGACCCAGAAGGUGUGUUGAUGAUGAGGAAUUUGAGCCAAAGCUUAAGUCUAGAGAAGAUCAUGAUAGGAGGGGAGAUGAUAGAAGGGAAAAUAAGAGACUAAGAAGGCAUAGCGAUGAUGGUGAAAUUGAGCCCAAAUCUAAAGAUGAUCGUGGUAGGAGGGAAGAUGAUAGUAGGGAAGAUAAGGGACUGAGAAGGUAUGCUGGUGAUGCUGAUUUUGAUCCAAAAUCUAGAGACAAUCAUGAUAGGAUGGAUGAAAAGAGAUUGAGAAGGCACAGUGAUUAUGAAAAUCAGCCGCAGUCUAGAGAAGAUUAUGAUAGGAGGGAGGAUCGGAGGUCAAGAAGACGCAAUGACGAUGAAUUUGAUCUGAAGUCGAGAGCAGGCAAGGAUAAGAGGGAAGGAGAGAGAUCGAGAAGGGAUGGAGAUGAUGAGAUUCAGCCAAAGUCUAGAGAAGGUCGUCGUAGGAGUGAAAAGGGAGAGUGAGAAGAUGGGUUUUAUGAUAAUCUAGGCUGAGAUCAAAAGUUAGAUUAUUGAAGUGAAAAAAAGAGAAGGGCAGAAUACAAGUACCACAAAGGAAUGACUAGAAUCCUACAUGGAAAAAUAUUGAUGCAAGAGAGGGGACACGUUGAUGAACUAAUGUGUAACACCCAUCAUAAAAAAGAGAGAUAAUGAUGUAAAUCAAAUAUCGAUGCUGUUUCCAAUUUUCCAACUUUGGCAACCCUUUUGUGCAAUAAGAUCACUUCUGUUACGUGUGAGACUUGUUUCUUAGUUUUUGCAUAAGGUGAACCAUUGUAAGAAGAAUUGGCCUGGAUCGAUGGAACAUACGGAUCGGUAUGUUUCAAUUCAUUAAAAAUGCCUGCUGGUUAUUGUGCAAUUGAUUUAUAUAUAGUUAAAAAUCGCAAAACAGAAAGGCCUGCUCAAGGUGAGCAAAUACAUAGUAAAAAAACAGAGGCAGUCAACCAAGUGCUGAAAUCCAUAUUUACAGUUACAUGCCGGUUUCUUCUCCAGUCCCAGUUAAGACGAAAACAAAAUGGUAAGGGUUCUUGCUAACAACAAGAAGUAAAGAAAAUGGUGACUUGAUUCAUCAAGAAUUCUGCCUCUCUGUUGGAUCAGUUCCAAUUGAGCCAUGAGUAGUCAUCGGUGUUCCUAGUUCUUUUGGUGGUGCUUCUCCAGAACUCUUUGAUGUUCCAAGUUCUCUCGAAAAUUCUUCUUCAGAAGACAGCGGUUUUCUAAGUUCAUUUGGGAGUGCUUCCUCAGUAGGUAGUGCUGCUCGAGAAGACAUUGACUUUCCAAGUUCUUUUGGCAGUGCUUCUUCAGAAGACAUCAAAUUUCCUAGUUCUUUGGGUAGUUCUUCAGAAGACAUUGAUUUUCUAAGUUCUUUGGGCGGUGCUGCUUCAGUAGACUUUGUUAUUCCAAGUUCAUUAGAAUUCAUUGAUUUUACAAGAUCUUUGGAUAUUGCUUCUGCCGGAGAUAUAUAUUUUCCUAGCUCUAUCUAUGGGUGGUGAUUCUUUAGAAGGUAUUGGUGUUCCAAGUCCUUUGGGCAGUAUUGCUUCUUCAGAAGACAGCUUGUGUUGCAGUUAAACUAGGCACUAGAACAGGACCUCCUUCAUAAGUAGGCAAGGCCUUAUCGUCUUCAUCUUUCGUACUUUCUGAAAUCGUUCCUGUUAAGGUGUCGGGGUUGUCUUCUUUAUAGAUUCCUCCUUCACGGUGCUAUUACCAUUGUCUACGACUCGCACUUCCUUCUUUAUACCAAGCAAAGUUCCAUCUGCAGAUUUGAUAGCCUUGUCUUCAAUUAUGACCUCAAUGUUGCUGUUAAAUGGUGGGUUUUCAUCCGCAGAGGCAGGUUUAUCUGUAAAAUCCGCACCCUUCGUAUUCAACAGCAGUUCUUGGUCUUCAGGAUGAGUAAAAUUCCCGGGAAUAAUCGGUCCCACAUCGACGUCUACAAGUUCAUAAUCCUUCCAGUCUUCAUCAAUUGAUAUGGUGUUCUUGGUUCUCCAGUUGUGCAGAAUCCGAUCUGGACCGGGUUGCCACAGCACAUCUCCUGUGUCCUUUUUCAGUAUAAACUUGUAUUGGAUUGCUAUGCCAGUAGGAACAUUCUAUUCAAAUUUAAAAACCAAUCGAAUUU